UGUGCGUUGGUUUUUAUGAUUUAUCAGGACUUUUCACCUGAUUACGUGCCGACAUUAUCGGGACAUUUGGGAUUAUGAGGACAGGGACGGUGUCCUCAUAAUUCCUGUAAUACAGAUGCAUUUAUCUAAGUUAGAAAACCCCCCCUGCAAACUUUGGGGCCAAGUCCUCUUACACCACAAAACCACGAAAACCAGUUCACACAGUGUAAACUCUGCAUUCAGCAUCGCGCCCUCUGUAGGCUGGAGCCGGAGAAACACCAGAAUAACACUUGCGUUAAGAUUUACGGCUGCUGAUUGGCUAGUUCUGGACUAGCCAUCUAAGGUUGUGAUUGGCUGAGAGGUAUGUCAUUCACUGCGAAUCCUCGUUUCUAUCGGUGGACUUCAGCAGGAGACUAAGAGGACACUACAAUAUCCUGUAAUAUCCAAGUCGUGGAACAGACUGUAAUCAGGAGGAGAUGGCUUCUUCGAAGUUGAGAAGUAGAAAACUUUCUCCAAAACAAGAGGCUGCAUAUUUUAUAUCUGCAUGUAAAGACAAAGAUGGACUUUAUGUGAAAUAUAUAAAUUCAUAUAAAGGCCGUGGGGUAUACAGCAGAUUCCAUUUUGAGAGGGGAGAUUUUCUUCUGGAAUACAGAGGGCAACUCAUCAGCAGGCAUGAAUGUGAAAGUAGACAGAAAAUAUAUCAUGAUGCCCUCAAAGUGUUCAUGUUUGAAUUUUAUUUCAAUGGAAAAUUGUUUUGCAUUGAUGCUGCCCGAGACGAUGGCUCCCUUGGGAGACUGGUGAAUGAUGACCAUGUUAGCCCAAACAGCAAAAUGAAAAAAAUAACCAUAUCAGGAAAGCCCCAUCUAUGUUUAUUCGCAACCAGAAGCAUUAGUCCUGGAGAAGAAAUUACAUAUAACUACGGUGACUCUGACUGGCCAUGGAGAUGCAAGGUGGCUACUGAAAAAGACCAACUGCACCCAAAAGAGCAGAGCACAUCAAGUGAGAACAUAACCGAUGUGGGAAUGACUACGAAUGUCCAGUUGUUGCCAGAAGGACAGCAUGCAGAUGUCCUAAGAGAAGAGACAGAAGAGGCUGUUUCUGAGGGAGACCCCUGUGCCAAUACUCUGAUGGAUAACUCAUCACUUAGCAAAGAAAUGGAACAGAACAUAACCGAUGUGGGAAUGACUACGAAUGUCCAGUUGUUUCCAGAAGGACAGCAUGCAGAUGUCCUAAGAGAAGAGACAGAAGAGGUAGCCACCAAACUUGAUUUUUGCAAGACAGGGGGUCACAGAUCAUCAUUUCCAAAUGAGAAUGUUGAGAAGCAGCCCUGUAAGCAUGAGGUCAUCCAUGCAAAUUUUUCAAGCAUGGACAAAUGUUCUGCAUGUUUUGGACCUGUGGCGCCACUCAAGUGGAUUGGUCUGAGGUGUAAAGUGUGCUCUAAAUUUUGGCACAAGAACUGCUUUGCAAAAUUUGAAAAGAAUGAUGAAGAACCACUUUCAUGGGUGAGUACAGUAUAUUUACAGUUUUACUUAUGAACCAUCUCUCUUCACAAAUGCUACAUAGUGAUUUUCUCUUUUCUGAUACUAGGAUAUAGGAUUUUCAAGUUCUGAUGAGGAAGUGUCACUCUCAGAUGAGGAAUAUGUCCCAGACUCAGACAGUGAAUCGUGCAGUUCAGUGGAGUUAGCAGCAGGAUAUGUAAACAAUGUCCAAAACAAAUGUUCCUCAAAUGAACAGAACGUGAAAGUUGCCACCUCAGAGUGCACCAAAUCUCAGAAAACAAAGUUGAACCAGGAAGGUGUAAGCAAAGGUUCACAGUAUUUGAAGGCCAGGGAAGUGUCUUGUUUAAAUGAGGAUGAUUUAUUUUGUUGUCUGGAGGAGUUGACAAGUGGAGAAUCAGACAAUGAGUCAGACAGUUCUGCAGAAGGGACAGAUUUACUUUCAAGCACCAGUCAAGUUAAACGCCUUUCAGAGAUCAAAAGAUCAUCAAAAGUUGACGUUUUAAUUAAUAGAUCAGAUCGUGUUUCUUUGCCCAGAAAAGACCAUAAAACACCUACAAGUGAACAGCAGUUGGAAAUAAUAGGUGGUACUAGUGCACUUGAUUUGCCUGGAGAUUAUAAGGAUGUAUCAGUGGCAGGAGCAAAGGGUAACAUGGCUGGAGCUGAGAAAUGUCUUCAAUCAUCAGACAUUUCUUGUUCUGAAAAUAAGAAUUACUGUUACAUUUGUGGGAAACCACAGUCAAAAAUAUCUCGUCAUUUAAAAACCCAUUUGACUGAAGUUGAAGUUGCAGAAGCACUGUCAUUUCCAAAACGCUCAAAAGAACGCAAAAGACUACUAGAAAAAAUUCGGAACAAGGGGAACUAUCGGCAUAAUUCCAAUGUAUUAGAGAAAGGAAAUGGGUUGCUUAAAGUAAAACGAAGGCCAAACAAAGAUUGUGAUUCAAAACAGUUUGUGCAUUGUAUGUACUGCAAAGCAAUGUUUGGGCGUAAAGAACUAUGGCGACAUGUGAGAAGAUGUUCCUCAAAGCCAGGUUCAGUAAGUGAACAUCAGGGACGGACCAGAGUGUUGGGUUUGGCUGCCAUGGCAGAGUCUACAUCUUUGCAGCAGAUAUCUGGAGGAGUUUGGAAGCUCUUGAGUGCAAUGAAGCAAGAUGACAUAUCUUCUGUUGUACGCAAUGACUUCUGCAUUCUUCAGCUAGCGCAGUCAUUCUUCAACAAACAUGGAAAUGACCCUACCAAGUUUGAAUAUAUUCGUCAGAAGCUUCGAGAAAUUGGGAGGUUUUUGAUAACAUUGCGCAGUGAGUCCUCUAUAUACAGCCUUGAGGAAGCUAUAAAACCAGCUAAUUUCCAGCAUGUUAUUGAAGCUGUGAAGAAAGUGUCAGGUCAUGACGAAGAAAAAAACUACUACCAAAGGCCAAGCCUAGCAUUGAAAUUGGGCCACACAUUGCAAAAGGUCUGCGAGCUCAUCCACUGCAGAGGUCUAAUGGCAGAAGAUGAAGAGUUAAUUAAGUCAACUGAGACAUUCAGAAAGCUAUAUACCACCAAGUGGUCUGAGCUAAUAUCACACAGGGCUUUAAGCACAAUGAAUGAAGCAAAAUUCAAUAAACCGUCAACACUGCCUUUCACUCAUGAUGUUCAGCUCCUUCAUAAACACCUGGAAACUACUGCCAAUGCAGCAUCUGAAAACCUGAAAAAAACAUCAUCAUCACAAAGUUAUGCAGAACUUGCAAAAGCUACCCUUGCAAGGGUAAUUAUUUUCAAUCGUAGGCGUGCCGGUGAAGUAUCUAAAAUGCAGCUCAAAAGCUUCCAGGAAAGAGAGAACACACUACUUCACGCAGAUGUUGCAGUAGGUCUUUCCAAAUUUGAGCAGAAACUCUGUAGUCAUUUUAGUAGAGUUGAAAUCAGAGGUAAAAGAGGUCGAAAGGUUGCUGUCCUCCUCACACCAGAUAUGGUAGAUGCCCUAACACUUCUGGUGAAUAAAAGAACAGAGUGUGCGGUUCAGGAUAACUGCUUCUUGUUUGCUAGACCCAAAUGCCAGAGUCAUUACAGAGGUCAAGAUUGCUUGCGGCUCUAUGCAACUCAGUGUGGUGCUCAAAAUCCACAACAUCUCAGGUCAACACAUUUGCGCAAACACGUGGCCACUCUAUCACAAAUUCUUAAUUUGAAAAACAAUGAAUUAGAUCAAGUUGCUGACUUCUUGGGGCACGAUAUUCGUGUACACCGUGAGUAUUACAGGCUUCCAGAAGCGACAACUCAGCUGGCAAAAAUAUCCAAACUUCUGCUUGCUAUGGAAAAAGGGUGUCUCCCUAACUUUCAAGGCAAAUCACUCGAUGAAAUUGAAAUUGAAGGUACGCUUUUGUACAGUAUCUACUUCUAUGUCCUUUUCAUGAUAAAUAUGUGAAAUCUGAGCACAUUCAUCUGGAUUGGUUAACUAUAUGCACCUCAGAUACUUUUAAAACAUGAGCAUAAUAUGUUUUGUAGCAUCAUUGUCCCAGUUUAGUUCAAUUUGAUUUCUUUGUUUAAGAUGAGAUCAACUUAACUGAUGGCAGUGAUGGAACUGAACCUGACAGUGAUACAGAGGAUGCUACCUUGGGCACACCAAGACUGAAUGAAAGUCAAAGCAUUCAGCCAGCUACAGAAGAUAAUGCUGGAGGCUCAACAGAUUCCAUCAGUGUGGGCCAGGUUUUUACAGCAGCAAUUAAAACCUCAAAGAAGAAGUCGCGAACACAGUGGUCAAAACAGGAGGUGACAGCUGUAUUGAAACAUUUUAAAGAUCAUAUAACCAAAGGAAAACUGGCAACAAUGGCAGAGUGUCAGCAGUGCAAGUCAGCUGAGGACCCUGUUCUGGCAGGGCGCACUGUACAAAAUAUAAGAGAUUUUGUUAGAAAUAGAGGGAUCACACUAAAAAGGAAAACCAUGUCUAAUUGAAUAUAUAUUAUUUUCUAUAGAGGCAAAAAUGCCAAGGAGAAAAAUAUUGUUUAUUUCUAAUUUUUGGGGAGUAAAGAAUUUGCCCUCGUGUCAUGCACUCUUAAGUUGCAGAAAGUCUUUUGUUACAAGUUAUAAUAAAAAAUUAAUUAUUUUAAUAUUAAUAUUUUAAUUUCACGUUAGUACUUGUGCAUAAGUAAUCUGCAUUUCAUUAAUCAGGAAAAAAGUCAUUUUUGUUUUUGUGCAUAUUCGAGGUCCAAUAAAACAUCACUGACCUUCUAGCACAGUGAAUGGA